AUGGAUUCACGUAGAUUCUCUGCUGCUGAAAAAGGAAAGGGGGUAACUUCCCAGCCAAAUGAAGCCCCUGUGAAGCGUGUGAGAGCUCCGGUUUUUGACACCUCUGCCCUCAUUAGAGAUAACGCCCUCACCUUGAUUGGGAGAGUGACAAACCCUAAGGAGCAACCUGUUGACUCUCUCAUCUCUGCGCUUCCACGCAAAUGGUCCCUGAAAGGACAGGUCUCUGGAUCUGACCUUGGUCAAGACUGCUUUCAGUUUCGUUUUGAACUAGAAGAAGACCUCUUACAGGUGCUCCUCAAAAGACCGUUUCACUAUAACCAGUGGAUGCUCAUCCUCCAAUGGUGGGAACCUGUCAUAUCUCCUUCCUUCCCAUCUCAGAUACCGUUAUGGAUCAAACUCCAGGGGCUGCCUCUGCAUUUCUGGCAUGAGAAGAUGAUUUAUGACCUAGGGCAAGAUCUCGGGACCUUGGAAGAAUACAAAAUCACAAAGACCUCGGCUCGCAUUAGGGUCUCUUUUGACGGUCUCAAACCACUCCCAAGAUCAGCUCUAGUUGAAUUUGAAUCGGGAGAGGAACUUAUGGUAAAUUUUGACUAUGAAGAUCUUGGAUACAACUGCUCACGCUGCUAUAGCCUCUCACACCUGGCACGUUCAUGUCCCUCAGCUACUGUUGGGGAACAGAACGCUCAACGAGCACCUGCUGUAUCUCGGCCCCAGGAGCAAUCUCUAGACUCCUGUCUCCGCACUAGAGAUCCACGACACUCCGAGGCUGAUCCUUUCAAUCAAAGGGUUGAUAGGCAUGGACGUCCUUUUGGUGAAAGGAUCCCACUCCCUGAGUUUAGGGGCCGGCCACUACAAAACAAGAUUGUCCCCUCCUUAGAGGGACCAAGAAAUCAACGCCAACAGCGAGCUUCCUCGUACUACAGACCUAUCUCCCCACCAAAUCAAGUCAGGGCCAGACAAGACGUAAGAAGCCGAUCCCCAGCUCGUCGAUUGAGAGAGAAGACGCGCCCGGUGGAUACACACCAAGAGAGCAGAGGAGCUAGACAAAUUACCCCUGCCUGUGAUUCACCCAGGGGGAACAAUGAAACUCAGCGCCCACCGCUAGAACGAAACUUGGAGAUCACGGAUUCCCCCCCCCAUGAGAGUUCCCACAACAGAAGAGGUCAUGGAGCAGCUGAGAGAAGAUACUAUUCACUACAUUAA